AUGCUAUUGAAAAAUACCGAAACACAGCAGGAGAAAUGUGAAAUAGACACAGAGGUCUUCAAUCAGCUACUCCAAUGCUGUUUUGAUCCUUCACAUGUGGCGUCUUCCGGUAUUGACAACUCAAGUACAGUAUAUCCUAAUACAGAUACCAGUAAUCGCUCUCCUUCUGUCAAAACCGAAACCACUAAUGAUAACGAUCUCCCCCCAUCUUGUACUAAUGCAAAUUCUUCAAUUGCAUCCUCCAGUAUAAAGUCAGAAAAUAGUCCUUACCCUCCCGAUAUGCCAGCUACUCUACUUGAGUCAUGUACUCCAAUUGAUUUGAAUCCUUGCUGUGUAACGAACUGUCAAGAUCAUCAUAACCAACAUCAACAUCAACAUCAUGAUCAUAUUCAUGAGAAAUUCACCGAUGAUUUGACAGAAAUGGUAAUGUUAAACAACUUCUUUACUGCCUGUUGUAAUGAUACCGGAGAUUUGAAAUUCCAAAAUGAUAACAAUAAGAGCUCCCUGAUAUCGCCCCCAAUAUCUCUAAAUUUCAAUGGAAUAUGUGAUGAAUCUAACCAAAAGCUCCAAACUACCACUUUACAAAACACCAGUAACUUAAGAGAAUCUUUGAGCAAUCAGGAUCAUCAACACAUUCAAGAAGGAAGUCAUAAGAUUCUUACCGAUCCCUCUGGACAUCAUCAUCAUCUACUGCAUCUACAUCACCAUAAUGGCAAGGAUAAAUCACAAUCACAUACUCACGAUAUUAUUCUGCAUCAUCACAAUUCACAUGUCUGUUCCCAUGGUGAUCCAUCCACUCAUCAUCAUCAUUUACUAUUUGAAAAUGAAAUAAACGGACAAAAAGUUAAGCACGAUUUUAUCCUACCCGAUUGUGACGUGCCCAUUAAAAAGGAAGAAAAAACAGGCGGCCUUAAUGAAAACACAUACGAUCAAUGCACAGAUUUCCUAACCUCUUCAAUUUGUAGUUUUGAAGAGUUAUUUGGUGAAAAGGAACAUCAUAACUGCUCACAUCAUACCCAUGGAUCAGCUUAUAAUAAUAAUAAUAAUAAUAAUAAUAAUAAUAGUCAACGCCAUCAGCAAAUGAGGACUUUUGAUUCAACUCCUGUCAAGUGUGGUUCGGCAUCUUGUCUCACAAAGAAUAUCCAUCAUCACGACUUGAAGCAUGAAACCCCCGUCCAUAGAGCUCAUUUUCAUUCUAACAUUCCAGGACAUUCUUCCUUUCUAAAACCAGAUGGCUCGGAUUCCUAUAUCUGUAAGUGGGACCAUUGUAACGACAGGGUGGAUGGUUCUGACUUGGAAAAACAUAUCUUUGAAAACCAUCUACAGUAUCUACCUUUAUCUCCAAAUGGUAUGGAUAGCGGUUACCAAUUGCAGUGUGAAUGGGACGACUGUGACUUUAUAACUGAAGAUUCCAACGAAUUCUUAAACCAUGUUCCCGAGCAUACCAAGGACGUCCCGAAAAAUCCCAAGAACUCAUCCGAUUCAGAGGAAGAGAGUGCUCAUAUUUGUAAAUGGGUAGAUCCUGAAUCCGGUGUAACGUGUAAUGAAGUCUUCGAGUCGACUGAAUUGCUUACAAACCAUUUGCUCAAAGAACAUGUCAAGUCGGGAAAGUCCUCAUAUCUUUGUCAUUGGGAGGGAUGCUCAAGAUGUGGCAAGCCUUUUACACAAAAACAGAAGAUUACAAGACAUUUGAAUACGCAUACCAAACACAAACCGUUUCAAUGUGAGAUUUGUAAUAAGCGGUUCUCACUUGAAUUGAUGUUGAAACAACACAUGAGAAUCCAUACAGGUGAAAAGCCAUAUAAAUGCGACAUUUGUGGUAAAACGUUCAAAACUUCAUCUAGUCUAACUAUACAUUUACGUGUUCAUUCAGGUGAUAAACCUAUGGAAUGUAAGAUUUGUGGGAAACGGUUCAACGAAUCUUCAAACUUGAAUAAACACAUGAAGAUCCAUUUUAGAGAAUUCAAAUGUGUGCAUUGCCUGAAAAGUUUUGACUCAAAACUAAAAUUUGAUAGACAUCAGCUACUCUGUAAGAAGAAGCCGAAAACUUGUGCACACUUUUAG